AUGGGAGACCGACCAGCCAUCUAUGUCCAUCUAGAAAUGGGCUUAACGCUGCCCAAGAUUAUGUCCAAAGACCGGCAUAUCACUUAUGUCUCUAAGAGCAUGCGCGAUCGAGCAAAUCAGUUUCCCCGACAGUUGCCUCCUGCAAAUACCAACUACCUCAACUCUUCAUCGCAGUAUCAAGCCGGUCAUCAACAAAUGCUCACACAGACUCAGCCAACUCAGUAUCAACUACAGCAUCAAUUCGCUUACCAUGCCAACAAUCUCCCUCCCAAUACAUACAGUAGAGACCCUGUGUCGACUAGUGUAGCUCAGGGACAGUCAUACCAGCCAUACCGUCCCCAACAAGUACAACACGACAUUAGGGAAUACUACGCCCCUAAUUCAACAGCGCCACCACCGCCACAACGAGACUCUUUACAGCCAGACGAAGUUCUGCGUAGCUCGAGAUCGACGAGACGUGGUUCACACGAGCGUGGCAAAUCUGCACCCCCGCCUCUAAACAGCAGCCCUUGGGACAUAAGCCCGCCACAUGCGUCAGGGAACGAACCUCAUCUCUGGAAAGCUCUUCCUGCAACCCCAAAUCAAUUCCGACUCGGAGAAGGCGACAUGCCAUGGGACUUGUGGACGUUCCCUGUGGGCCUCGACGAUAAUAACGAGGAGGACGAUCACGGUGAAAGAGGGGAUGGACGCAAACGUUCCCGAGAGGCCAGUCUGCGAGCAACAUGGGGACCUGAAUUUCCAAGUGAAUACUCACGUCCCACCCAACCUGUGCAAGUAGACGACCGUGCAAGAGGUAAAGCAAAUGACAUACAGUCUCUGGCUUCAGCAUUGAUGACUGUCGACAACGGGUUUGAGGAUCAGUGGUGGUAUCAGGGCCCUCGUCUUGUCAAUAUCCAUGGAAAUGUCAUGGUCCCAACAGCGGUACCCAAGUCCAGCUUUCACCCUGACCACCAGCAAAGUUCUGUGGGAUGGGCAGUCUCGCAUGAGGAAGCGCAGCGGCUGAAGAAUCAGAACGAUCAGCACCAAUUGCAACAGAAACCCCAAGAGCAACAAAGAAGACGGCAACGGCACUUGUCACUUCAAGAACAGCAACUCGAGUCGUUUGUACCAUCAAACGCGUCUUUCCAGCCCGUGUCUCCCUAUUCAGGCACAAAUACUGCCGACAUUGUGUCACCCUUAAGUGAUUACCCUAGCCCGUUAUCAAGUUAUGGUGGCUUGCGACGCUCUUUGACCACCCGCUCUGACGAACUUCACCUAUAA